AUGGACUAUGGUAAUGCGGUGGGGAUGGAGAGGCUCAUUUCUAUUCUAUGUGUGACGUACUCCUGGGCGUUCCUUACAAUGUUCCGGGUGCAGCAAGGUCCUCCGACUCCUCCUCCAAUCAACACGCGUUUCGCCAUUAUCAACACUAUCUACAAUAAUCCCUUCCACUGGUCGGUGUUCAAAGGUCUAGUUGGAUUCGCAGUUGGUGUGGUGAUUGCUCGGACUGUCAGUGAGGAGUGGGCCAACUCUGUCUGA